CAAGAGCGGGGGACCGGAACGGCGGACGAGAGGACGAGAAGGAAAGGCACCACCGCAGGGCAAGACGCGCCGGACGGCCGGAGCGCGGAGGGGCCAACCGCGGGCGGGAACACACGGGAGAGCAGCGGCCGGCCCAGAGCCGCGAGAGGAGGGGGGACGACGAGGGGGACACCCAGGCAGACGGGCCCGCGGCCAGAAGGCGGGGGGCGCAACGGGCGGGCAAAGACGCGAGGGGGCACGGGAGGCGGCAAGGCACACCAAGGAGCGCAGGGCGCGACGGGCGGCAGCGAGGCGAGAGCCGAGAGAGCCGGGCCGAGAGGCGGGGAGACGGGACAGGGCAGCACGGCGGCCGAACAAACACCGGCGCCGGGGGCGAAAGCAGGCGGGGAGGGGCAGGGGCCGGGACACGGGGCGGGCCGGGGGGGGAGAGCCGGAAGCGAGGCGGACGAGCCAACCAAAACGGAAGGCGGGGCCAAGGAGGAACGCAGAACCACGGAAGCAGCAGGCACAGGAAGAAACCGGCCGACCGAGAGGGAGGGGGCAGCGGGCGCAGGGCGGGCGGGGGCCAGGGGACGACAAGGAGCCGGCCGCAGGGCACCGACGGAAACCGGGGGACGACGGCGCCGGCGCGCGAAAGGAGAGGGGGAGGGACGGCGCGCGACGGCGCAGACGGCGAACCACCCACGGCGCCGCGAGCCGAACACGGCACCGGAGCAGGCAAGCGGGAGGAGCGACGGGGCGGGGGGGACAAAGGGCAGGGACGGAGGCAACGCGAGCGGAGGACGCGCGGACGAGGAAGGCCGCGGGGAAGACCAACAAGGGCAAGGAGCGAGCCCCAGCACGAGGAAAGGGCAAAGAGGACCCGGGCCGGGCGGCCAAGGGGGAACGCGGGGAAGACAGCAGGGGAGCGCGCGGGCGGCCCAGAACAGCGAAGGGCAGCACAGACCGGGGAGGGCCGCAAACGGCCGGGGCCGAAACGGCCAGAGGCCCGCGAAGAAGCCGGCCGGGAAGGGAGGCCGCCACGGAGCGAGGGAGCAGGCGGAGGGCGCGGGCGGGAACGGAGGAACCAGACCAAGCGCGCCACCAACGAAGAACGGCCAGGCACCACCACCCAGAGAAGCAAGAAAGAGCGCGCAGAGACGCGAGGGGAGCGGGAAGGACCGCGGCGGCGGGACCAGACGGCCCGCCAAGGGAGCGGGAAGGGAGGGAGAGGGGACGCAGGCCAAGGACCAGACGCAAGAGCCGGAGGGGAGGAGGGGCACGACCGCCCCGGGGCAGAGGGGGGAAGGGGCGCGCCGGCGGCCGCCGGGGAGGGGGGAGCCGGGCGCAGGCGCCCGCGCCGGAAGCGAACCCGAAGGCGCCGGCACCCGGGACCACCAGGGGAGGCCACGAGCCGACCAGCGAAAGGGAGAGAGGGCAGAAAGGGGAAGGAGGCGGCGCCAGCAGCAAGGCCAGGCGAGCCGGCGAGGGAGCAGGAAGCAGCAGAGCAACGGGCAGAGCCCGCGGCGACCGGGGAGCGAAGAAAGGCAGCCCGGCCAGAAGCGGGGGGGGGGCACGGAGGAGCGCGAGAGGCGGACGGGGGCCGAGGAGGAGGACCAGCAAACAAACGAGAACGGAGGGAAGGAGCCAGGCGCAGGGGCACAGGCGGAAGGCGGGCAGACGGACACAGGCAGGGGGAAGCGGGAGACAAGCAGAGGACGACGGGCCAGGACAACCAGGGAGCAGGCAGAAAAGCAGGACAAGACCACGGCAGAGCCCGCAAACACACAAAGGAAAGGGGACAGACGCAGACGGGACCGGCAGCGGGGGGCGGAGACAAACGGGCGGGCGGGACAGAAGGGCGGCGGGGCACACGCCAGAAGAGGGCCGCAACCGAGAGCGCAGCAAACCGGGAGGCACCGGGGCGAACAAAGGCAGAAACGAGGCAAAGACGCAAGGAGCACAAGGCCGGCGGAGGGCACGACGGCCCCACCGAAGGAGAGGCCGCAAACAACAGGGGAAGCAAAGCGGACAAGGCCGGCCAGAGAGGGACGGCAACACAGGCCCCGAGCAGGGCAACAAGCAGAAACGAGGCGAGGGAAGAAACGGAGGAGGAGAGGGGCGGGAGGGGGGGCGGGCGAGCACAGAGCCGACAAACACGAGCGAGCCAAGCACCACGCAGACGCCGAAGGGGCAGGGCCCCGCGAACAGCAAGCGGGCCAACCACGCGGGAGAGGGAAGCAAAAAAGCAACGGGAAGACGGAGGAAACCAGGCCAAGACAG